CAUUGAAAUGGAUGCCGAAGUCGUCGACACAACUCUGCUUUUGCGAUAUCAACGGACAGUUCGGUGUAUUGACUGUCAAUCGUUUGGCGAAGACAACGGGUUCUAAUGUGGUGUUAAGUCAGACAGAAAUGUCCGAAAUGUUUGCCGAUCUGUCGGACGAUGAUUUCGGUGAAGACAUAACGGAAAACAUGUUGACUAAGAAACCAAAGCCUAAGAGUGACUUAGAAUUACCGAAAAUCAAAUUCAAUCCCGAAUUUGAACAAACCAUUGAAGAUCGUAUGGAAAGUGCGGUUAACGCCACCGAUGGUGACAUUAUGGACGACGAUUUUGACAACGAUAAUGAGUUCGACAUCGGAGCCAUCAAAUCGAGAUAUGAAUCCCAGAUAUUUGGCGAAACCAGUGAUACGGCCGCUACUAAAGCGUCUGAUGGCCGUCGGCCUGACUCACGGAUCAGCGAACGCGCGGUUCCACUCGUAGCCCAAGAAGUGGAAGAAGCGGAACCGUUGCCUUUCAGACAGGAACCGUUUCAAUCGGGUUCGACGCCAAUUAACUUCGAGCAACGGUUUAUGGUCUGGAAUUCUGUGGGAAUAGUUCUCUGCUAUAACACCGACGCCGAGAACUCUGUGACCGUUGAGUUUCACGACGUCUCACACCAUCACUCCAUACAUUUGCCAAACACUCAGAACUACACGAUGUGUGACCUGACGGCCGACGCUCUCGUGUUGGCCACCAAUGGCGACGAGUCGGCCACUAGUGGUAAACUGUUUUGCAUGUUAUUGAAUAUAUGGGACGCCACUAAGGAAUGGCAAAUCGAGAUGAAUAAAGAUGAGUACAUCGACGCCAUCGCCUGCGGCACCGGCUUUAUAGCGGUGGCCACCGAUCAACGCUUUGUACGCAUUCUCACCACCGGUGGUAUUCAGACGAGUAUAUUCUCUAUCGCCGGUCGCGUUGUCUGUCUGUCGGCUUUUGAACAGUUUUUGCUGAUUAUAUACCACUCGGGGUCGGGAGUGCCCGAAGAGCAGAGUAUGUCGUUGCAAGUGCUUCGAGUACAACACAGGCCCACAUCCAAACAUCCGGUUCCAAAUCCUAUUGCAGUUGCUCUGAGCCCUAAGUCAGAGGUCUCGUGGGCCGGCUUUACCGACGAGGGAACCCCAUGUGUGGCCGACUUGGACGGAAUCGUCCGCAUAUUCACUACCGGUGUCGGCAACACAUGGGUUCCGAUCGCAUCCACUAAAGACAAUGCAAAGGGAAAGUCAGACAACUUUUUCAUAAUAGGUUUGAGUGAAAUUCAGAAUCAGAUUCGUUGCAUAUUCUGUAAGGGCUCCCGAUAUCCGGCCACUGUUCCCAAGCCAUCGGUCACUCUAUUGCCGCUUCAGUUACCACUUUGUGAGAUGUUUACCGCUAAAGGCAAACAUGAGGAGGAACACAUUCGCAAUCAGAUGUUGUCUUCACUUCUGAAGAAGUUAUCGAAAGAUGGCUUUGAUGUGGACUCGAAUCUCGAGGAAUGCAACAGAAAUAUAAUCAAUUCUCUCAUUAAAUUAUUUGCUAUGGCUUUGGGCGCCGAUAGAGAGGCGUUGGCGGUGGAGAUCAGUCAUCUGAUGCCCAACAAGAGGGCCGUCGAGGGAGCCAUCAAAUUCGCUGAACGCCAAAAGCGCAGAACUUUAGCACAAAAGUUGUCAGAAAUUGCUGAACAAAAACUGGUCGAAGAGUUAAAUGAAUUAUCCGACGACGAAGAAGAAGUG